UCAUCUAAUGCCUCUUGCCAGCACUGUAUCCAGCUUCUCUCUAAUUCACUGUAUAUAGGGAGGACUCUUUCUUACCAACUCGCCUGUUGGAAGGAAACUUUAUGUGUGUGUGUGAGACCCUCAGUAGAUGAAGAUUUUCAAAAGCAAGAGGAGCGCGGGGAGCUGCUGCAGCCACUGAUCUUCGUCUUACUGGUUUUGUGCUCUGUCCUGCUGUACUUUAAGGUGUCUCUCAUGGAUCCGGGUUUUGUUAAGGCUGAAGAGGAAGCAAAGGCAGGCAAGAGUGAAGAACAAAGUAUGGUGAUAGCCCAAGUUCCAACUCAUAUUAAGAUGCGGCGUUGUGGUUACUGCAUGGUGAAGCAACCAAUGCGAGCCAAGCACUGCCAGCUGUGCCAACACUGUGUACGGCGUUAUGACCAUCACUGUCCCUGGAUUGAGAACUGUGUAGGAGAGAAUAAUCACCCCCUCUUCAUAGUCUACUUGAGUGUGCAGCUUAUAGUUCUGCUGUGGGGAGGUCACGUUGCUUGGUCAGGCCUCUACUUUGAACAGUCCUGGGACUGGCUGCAGCACAACAUAUUCCUCCUCAUGUCCUUCCUCCUGAUAGUCAUAUUCACCAUUGUUGUCCUGCUGCUGCUUAUGUCACACCUCUAUCUGAUCUCAUGCAACACCACCACCUGGGAAUUCAUGUCACAUCAUCGCAUCUCCUACCUGCGACACUCUGAGUUGGAGAAUCCCUUUGACCAAGGGGUAGUCCUCAAUUUCUGGAAAUUCUUCUGUUCAUGCCACCUCACUACAUGGGAGAAAAUCUACUUUCACAGGAACGAUGAGCCUGUCUAGUCAUAGUAGUACCUACCUGGUAGAGUGCCAACACAUCUGCAGGUUGCUAGGUAAAGCUUUGCUGAUGCAAUUGCUGCUGUUCCCUUGCACGGAACUUUAGUACAUCAUGAACUAUGCAACCUGUUCAUCCUGCACAUUACAUUUCAAGGAUAGUCAGGGUUAUUUUUGUAUACAAAUAACACUGUUAAAGGGGAGACACUGGUUCUGGGAAGGCCAGCAGAGCUGAUUUCUGGAGUGAGCAAAGGUAUCUCUCUAAAUUUACUUCCUUUUGUUAACUGCGUCCACAUCUCUCCAGAAGAGAUGCAAGAGUAGUGUGAGCAUCCAUGUUCACUUCUCUUUCCCAAAGUUUCCCUCUCCUUUUGCUGCAAGGGAGCAGCAGCUAUUAGAGACAAUACCAGCCAGAAUCAAUAUAAUUCCUGUGGCCUUUCUUCAACAUAGUUCUCACUGUGAGAACCAUAGUGCCUUUUGUCAGUAGUGUUGGACAUGUAAUAGAAAUAUUUGAGUAAAUAUUUGGACAGUCAAAAGCAAAUUUCAUUUUGACCACAUGCCUCAACUUAAUGCUUUUCACAAAGAUUUGAGGCUUAAUAACGUGCAUGAGAAAUGGCUGUAAAGCACCAAAUUCAGCUUAUGAGAUAAUUAGCCUGUACUUUGUGAUGCCCUGACCAGCUUCAUAACAGUUUUUUCUUCAAGUUGAUGGUGUUGUUAACAAUUCACAGACUAUUUUGAAUCAAGUCAGCAAAGAAUGAUACCAUCCACUCUUCUUUGGACAGAAAAGUAAUAACUUGCCCACUGAAUUAUUUCUGCAGGUAAUUUCAUGCUCAGGCCUUUACUGUAGCUUGUGGGGUGCGUACUUCUUGCCUAGCUCAAGUAACACUGCUGGUAAUACUACUACCUCAACAUACUAGUAAAAUUUGAAUAAAAGAAUAUGAAGUUUCAAUGCAAGAGGAAAGAUUUUAGGUUCUGUUUGUUUCAUUGAGAUGAGGGGAUGCUGACAGCUUUCUAGGACAGCAGCAAGCCUACUUGUUUUCCAUUGUAAUAAAAGGUCAUACUUCCAAGUUUCCAUGAGGAACUAAAAGGAAGUUUGGGGUGACCAAUUUUAGCUUUAAAGACAGAAAAGGCUCUGGUGUGAAUUUUAGUCUUCACCCUUUUCUGUUUAAAAAAAAACCAAAAAAACAAAAACACAGCACUACAACAAAACCUUAGUUAAAAUUAUUUUGUGCUUUAAUUGCCUUGGCUCAGGAAAUAACACCAGCUCAGGAGCACAUCUGGCAAGCUGGUAAGAUGCACUCACGGUUUAAAGUUGACAAGCACUCAUGAAAGGACAGUAUAGCCACUAAUACAGCACAAUAGUCCAAAAGCAGCUUAAAAACAGCAGAAGGAUCCCUUUUUUGACCAACUCCAGAGUUUGUAAUCUGUGUCCAGUCUGGCUUGUUCAGGGUAGAAACUCUUAUCAGAGGGAUAUCGGAACACUAAGAAUU